GCCCAGCAGCCGCACUCACGGCGGGAGCUCCCGAGGCCGGUCAGGCUCAGCACCCAGCCGCCCUCCGAGGCUCCGCUCCCCGCGCCCUGCGCCCUCCUGCCUGUCCGCCUCCAGCAGCACAGCCGGCCCCAGCAUGACGGACCAGUCGACCUUCGACACCAACAUCGUCACCCUGACCCGCUUCGUCAUGGAGGAGGGCAGGAAGGCCCGCGGCACCGGCGAGAUGACCCAGCUGCUCAACGCGCUCUGCACCGCGGUCAAGGCCAUCUCCACGGCCGUGCGCAAGGCGGGCAUCGCGCACCUCUAUGGGAUUGCUGGCUCUACCAACGUGACGGGUGACCAAGUGAAGAAGCUGGACGUCCUCUCCAAUGACAUGGUCAUCAACGUGUUGCGGGCAUCCUUUGCCACCUGCGUCCUUGUGUCGGAAGAAGAUAAACAAGCCAUCAUUAUAGAACCUGAGAAAAGGGGUAAAUAUGUGGUCUGUUUUGAUCCCCUUGAUGGAUCCUCCAACAUCGAUUGCCUUGUGUCCAUUGGAACCAUUUUUGGCAUCUACAGAAAGAACUCUACCGACGAGCCUUCCGAGAAGGACGCCCUGCAGCCGGGCCGGAACCUGGUGGCAGCCGGCUACGCCCUCUAUGGCAGUGCCACCAUGCUGGUGCUGGCCAUGGCCUGUGGGGUCAACUGCUUCAUGCUGGACCCGGCCAUCGGCGAGUUCAUUCUGGUGGACAAGGAUGUGAAGAUCAAAAAGAAAGGGAACAUCUACAGCCUCAACGAGGGCUACGCCAAGGACUUCGAGCCCGCGGUCACCGAGUACGUCCAGAGGAAGAAGUUCCCCCUGGAUAACUCGGCCCCCUACGGCUCCAGGUACGUGGGCUCCAUGGUGGCCGAUGUGCACCGCACCCUGGUGUACGGCGGGAUCUUCCUGUACCCCGCCAACAGGAAGAGCCCCAAAGGAAAGCUGAGACUGCUGUACGAAGGUAACCCAAUGGCCUAUGUCAUCGAGAAGGCUGGAGGAUUGGCUACCACUGGGAAGGAAGCUAUACUGGACAUCGUUCCCACUGACAUCCACCAGAGGGCGCCAGUCAUCUUGGGGUCCCCUGAAGACGUGACUGAGUUCUUGGAGAUAUAUAAGAAGCAUACUGCCAAAUGAAGAGCUGACCUUGCCCUCAUUAAAAACAAACAAGCAAACAAACAAACAAACAAACAAACAAAAAACACCUUUUAUCUGGACUUUUACCUCGCAUAGCGCCACGCCGUUCUGACUGCAUUCUGCAUUCCUAGGCAGCAGAAAUAGAAAGCACAGGUAUCUUCACCAUCAAGUGCUCUGUAAUGCGCCUGGUGCUGCCUAACCAAAAUGCUAUCUGUAUAAUGCUACUGGUGAUCAAGAUAUAUUUUGAAUAGAUAGAGGAGAAAUAAACAUAUUUUUCCUUUUCCUAAAA